AAAUCAAAAGUAAGUAUGUGAAAAUUACGUCAAAGGUAACAAUAUCAUCUGAUAGAGAUGCUGAGUAGCUCAGAUGACGUGGAACCUGAGAAAAGUGCCACGUAAGGACGCUUAAACUUUACCCAAGUGGUAAGUUGAGGAAGCCUCGCUCCUCAUUCCCYGUUGGGUGCUGUUAAAUACAGAGUUUGUAUCCAAUUUCGUGGAAGCCACGGAGAGUGCAGAAGCAUACAAAAGUUGUUCUAGAAAACAUAACAUUCACCCCAAUCCACUUCUACCUUUUUGGUCGUUUUCCCUUCUUAAUUCUUCUCCCUUCUAAUCCCAAUUACUAUACCAAAUUAAUAACCUUUUUCACUCACUGGGCCACCGUUUUGGGCAUUUCUCAUGCUCUCACACACUUCAAAAAUGCCUUAAAAAACUCUUGUUUUCUUCUUCCCACUCCAAGCAAAACUCCGGCGGAGAGACCCUCCCAACGACAUGUCGUCUCUGCAUUUUCUCUGCCUCCUCUCUCUCCUCACCUUACUCUCUGGAGUCAACUCCGACGAGCGUCAACUUCUGACCAAACUCAAAUCCGCUCUCCAAAAUCCAUCCACCAACGUUUUCAACACCUGGGAAUCGGAAAUUUCCCUCUGCAAUUUCACCGGAAUCGCCUGUAAUUCCGAUGGCUUCGUCGCCGAAAUCGACCUCUCCAGACAGAGAUUGUCAGGGGUCGUUCCUUUUGAUUCGAUUUGUCAGCUGCAGUCAUUGGAGAAGCUGGCUCUUGGGUUCAAUUCCUUGCACGGUGAAGCCACGGAGGAUCUGAACAAUUGUGUGAAAUUGAAGUACCUGGAUCUGGGAAACAAUUUCUUCUCCGGCUCCUUCCCCGACGUGCAUUCUCUGAGCCAAUUACAGUAUCUGUAUUUGAAUACAAGUGGGUUUUCCGGGAAGUUCCCGUGGAAAUCCGUCGGGAAUUUGACCGGAUUGGUUCAGCUCAGCCUUGGAGAUAACGCUUUCGACAACACUUCGUUUCCGGUUGAGGUCACAAAUCUGAAGAACCUCAAUUGGCUUUACUUGUCCAACUGCAGCUUAACAGGGGAAAUUCCAAGGUCUAUAGGUAAUCUCACUCAACUUCGUAAUUUGGAGUUUUCCGAGAAUUAUAUAACGGGGACUAUUCCGGCGGAGAUUGGGAACCUUCGAAAUCUAUGGCAGUUGGAAUUCUACGGCAAUCAAUUGACGGGAAAACUUCCGGUGGGAUUAAGAAAUCUAACCAGUCUUACGAAUUUUGACGCUUCGAUGAAUCAUCUUCAAGGGGAUCUCUCGGAGCUGAGGUUUUUAAACGGCCUGGUUUCUCUGCAACUUUUUGACAACCAAAUUUCCGGCCAGGUCCCGGCGGAGUUCGGUGAAUUCAAGUCGCUGACGAAUCUCUCCCUCUACAACAACAGGCUUACGGGUCCUCUUCCGCAAUCGCUUGGUUCUUGGACGGCGUUCAAUUAUAUCGAUGUCUCUGAAAAUCAAUUGACGGGCACAAUUCCUCCCGAUAUGUGCAAGCAGCGGACGAUGCAGAAGCUACUCAUUCUGCAGAACAAUUUCUCCGGUGAGAUUCCGGCGACCUACGCUAAUUGCUCCACUUUGACCAGAUUCAGAGUAAGCCAGAACUCGCUCACCGGCGUCGUUCCGUCCGGGAUUUGGGGAUUACCGAAAGUGAAUAUAAUCGAUCUCGCGUCGAAUCAAUUGGAAGGUUCGAUUACUUCCGAUAUAGCGAAGGCGGUGGCUCUCUCGGAAUUGUACGUCGGAAACAAUCUUUUAUCUGGACGGUUGCCAUUGGAGAUAUCGCAAGCUAAAUCUCUCGCUUCGGUCGACCUGAGAAAUAAUAAUUUCUCCGACGAAAUUCCGACGACGAUUGGCGACCUGAAGGAUCUAGAUAGCCUCGAAUUUCAGGGGAAUAAAUUCUCCGGUUCGAUUCCAGAGACGAUUGGCUCGUGUAGUUCCCUGAGUAUCGUCAAUCUCGCGGAGAAUUUCUUCUCCGGCGAAAUCCCUUCGUCUCUAGGGUUUCUUCCCGUUCUGAACUCUCUGAAUCUCUCCAAUAACGGCCUCUCCGGUGAAAUCCCCUCAACUCUUUCACAUCUGAAGCUAAGUCUCCUCGAUCUUUCCAACAAUCAAUUAACCGGCGUGGUACCUUCAUCGCUCUCGAUCGGAGCUUACCAGGAAAGCUUCGCCGGAAACCCCGGCCUCUGCAGCGACGUCGAUGGCUUCUUACGACGAUGCUCACAGAGUUCCGGCGUGUCCAAGGACGUCCGUACACUCGUCAUCUGUUUCGCCGUGGGUUUACUUCUUCUAUGCGUGACGCUAUGGUGCUUCGUAACAUUGAAAAAGAGGCAAAAAGAUCGAAACCGGUCGCUAAAAGAGGAAUCGUGGGACCUGAAAUCCUUCCACGUAAUGAGCUUCACAGAGGACGAGAUCCUGGAUUCCAUUAAAGACGAGAAUCUAAUCGGAAAAGGAGGUUCUGGCAGCGUUUACAAAGUUACAGUCGGAAACGGGAAAGAUCUAGCGGUGAAGCAUAUUUGGAACACGGAUCCGUACGAGAAACAGAGGAAUCGGAGCACGUCGCCGAUUCUGAAGAAACACCGGGCGAAAUCGUCGGAAUUCGAAUCGGAGGUGAAGACUCUGAGUUCGAUCCGGCACGUGAACGUGGUGAAGCUGUACUGCAGCAUAACGAGCGAGGUUUCGAGCCUGCUGGUGUACGAAUACAUGCCCAACGGAAGCUUGUGGGACAGGCUUCACACCUCCAGAAAAAUGGAGUUGGAUUGGGAAACCAGAUACGAAAUCGCCGUCGGCGCCGCCAUGGGAUUGGAGUAUCUGCACCACUGCUGCGACCGGCCGGUGAUCCACCGGGACGUGAAAUCCAGUAAUAUUCUCUUGGACGAGUUCCUCAAGCCCAGAAUCGCCGACUUCGGCCUUGCCAAAAUUCUCCACUCAACUGGCCUCAACGACACCUCCACUCAUGUCAUUGCAGGCACCCCGGGUUACAUCGCUCCAGAGUACGGAUACACUUACAAAGUUGACGAGAAGAGUGACGUGUACAGCUUUGGAGUGGUGUUAAUGGAGUUGGUGAGUGGGAAAAAAGCGAUAGACGCAGAGUUCGGGGAGAACAAGGAUAUCGUGGAAUGGGUAUCGAACAAUUUGAAGAGCAGAGAAAGUGUAUUAAGCUUGGUGGAUUCAAGAAUCCCAGAUGCCUUCAAAGAAGAUGUUAUAAAAGUACUGAGAAUUGCUAUUUUGUGCACAGGCAGGUCCCCAACGGUGAGACCCACAAUGAGGAGUGUAGUUCAAAUGCUUGAAGAAGCCCGACCGUGUAAGCUGGUUGGGAUUGUGAUUAGCAAAGAUGGUGGGGGUGUUAAAAAACAGUUAUCUGUGGACAUCAACAAGAUUAGUCUCUAAAUCAUGCCCCACUAAUUGUGUUUAGUUGCUUGGUGAAGCAGAGUUCAGUUUAAGUUAGGUAGAAUGCAAGGAAGGAAGCUAAGAUUUAAGUUUUCUCUUGUGUAGAUUAAAAUUGAAGGGUCCAAUGGACUCUUUGUGUAAAGAGUUUUAAACAAUUGAGCUAUGAAAAUUGACACUUAUCAUUGGAUAUUUCAA